AUGCUGAAUGAUCCUCCGGAGUUCCUGCCACUCAACUCUGCUCGGAGUCACGAAGAUGAUAAGUUGUUGAACUCAAUUCUUCCAUCGUAUCAUAUGUUUCAGGCUACCAUACGCAAGAAAAUGGUGCCUGAGGAAGAGAAUUUCAAGGAAGACCCUCCCACGUACGAGAUGCUGCCGCUCCAUUCCAAUGGCAUCACACCAAUUCCGUCGGGAAUUCAGUCGCCCCAAAGUGCAGAUUCGCUAAACGCAUUCCCUUUUCCUAUUCAAGACUCAGACGAUGAGGAGACAUUCAACCAAAGAAGCGCCGACUUGUGGGAACAGACGGUGUUGGCAAAUGUGCAUAAGUUGGAUUUAUUGAGUGAGAAAAAUCCUGCUUCGAAGAAUUUGGUGGUGAAGGUCUACAUCACUGAUGCAGUGUGCCAAAAGGGAGUGAAACCGAAUAUCAUAGACGUUUCUGACUAUGAGCUCAAACAGGGGGACUUUAUCCACGGUUACAUCACUAUAGAGAAUACGUCAUCCGAGCCUAUUCCGUUUGACAUGGUUUACGUUGUAUUGGAGGGAGAGUUGGCUGUAGUCCAAGCUAAUAGAGGACCCGGUGAGCCUCUUAUUCUGCCGACGGUGUUCAAAUUUCUAAAUAUGUUGGACCUUUUUGCCCUGUGGUCCUAUGCUAACAUCGACCGCCUUGCUACCGAUAACGGUGAUCCUCAUGAUUGGUGCUACGGAGAAACUGACCCUUACGAUAAUACAGUCCUUGCGAUUGAUGUAAAAAGGCUUUUUCAACCGGGUGUGACCUACAAGAGAUUCUUUUCUUUCAGACUACCCGACAAGCUCUUGGAUGAUAAUUGUGAAAUUCAUAGUCUUGACGUUCAUUGCCAGCCGCCACCUACGGUGGGAAAUCCAAUUCCUCUCAAUAUAACAGCCAGAGCAAAACAUGAGAGCCCCGACAGAAAGUUAAAGGAUUUUUCUCUCAUAGACACUUUUGUGAGCUACAAAGUUGCUGCCAGAGUGAUUGGCAGAGCUUCGCAAUACCUUCCUCGAGUCACCAAAGACAGAUACAUCUUGGCUGCAGACAUUAAUGUGCCCCUUCGAGUAAUUCCCUACACUGCUCGGCCAGAACACAAAGAACAGUGGGAUCAGAGUGUUCGGGCUCAAUUUCAAGCAUUCGUGAAAGUCGUGGAAGAAAAGAUCGAGCAGGGUAAACGAGUGUUGCGUACGCGGGACGGCGCAAUCAAUAGUGUGAUGACUUCCCCGAAUUUGAGCAGUUUGUCUUUAAAUCAAAAUCUAACUCCUAUUUCAUCUGCACUUCAACCUAUUCGGCUGGGACUGGACAGGGAAAAACUAAGACAGCUCUACAGAGUUUCUAAUUCGAUGACAGAGAAGGGUACUUCAGUGAAGGCGAAUGAGGCGGCUGUCUAUCUGCAUUUGAGUCCUUAUAAGAAGCGUGGAUUCACUGGAGCAGCUAAAGUUUUGGGUGUUUUGUCGCUUUCAACUCCAAAAGCAGAAUAUGCUUUGUCCUACGUGCCGCCAUUACGUUACAGAAAUCCAAUGCAGCUGUAUAAAACGAGAGUUCGCAUUCCAUUGGACUUGACUUACUCUUGUGAUAAUGCCACAAGUAAUCAGCAGCCUCCAGAACCAAAGAAAAUUACCUGUGAGUUGGUGGUACUCACUGCCCGUUCUAAGAAGCAUUACAUCCCCAUAGAGCUCAACCACAAUAUGUGUUUCCGCGAGCAGGUUGUUGACGAUCUUGAUUCGAAGGGCCAAGGCGAUGAGUAUGAGAAUCUUGAUACCAUCGUCAUUAAACCUUUUAAUGAGUUUUACACUACGAUUGUAUCACUAAUCAAGAAGAUCGGGUUCGAGAGCAACGAAUUCCGCGUUGAAACCCAACUCUUCAAGGACAUAAAGAGCUUGGCGAUGCUUCAGACAAAAAUCAUCAACUUAGCAGUUCCCGACAUCACGAUUUCAUCAAGCACAGAUAAAAGCAGAGGUGUGCACGAGCUGCCUUCGAGUAUCCCUUGGGAGAAGACUGAGCGUGCUCAUUCCCAAUGUAAUAUAUACACGAAGAAUAUGGAGCUCGUCGUUGACGUCAACAGCUGCCAUAUGAAGGGUGCUGCUCCUCCAGCCCAUGGCAAAUCUGCGUUUGACAAUUUGUGCUUGGUUCCGGACUUCCAGCAGUGUCUCAUGGUUAGGUUCUAUUACUUUCGUAUUUCUGUGAAAUACGGAAACGGAUUGGUUCAGCUGGUGAACGUGCCGGUGACUAUUAACUGUUAA